AUGGAUUUCUCACCCGGGACUCUGAUCCUGUGUUCUCUGUUAUGUUCAGCUCUCUCUUUCUGUGCAGUGGCUGGUCAGGCUCCUGUUGUGUCUGUGGAGCCCCGGACUGCUACUGUGCGCCAAGGGGAGUCUGUCAGCUUUAGGUGCCAAGUGGGCAGCGGAGCAGAGCCAGUCAGACUCAUGGAGUGGAAGAGAGCCAAUAACCAAGCGUUGCCAGAAAAUGUUAAACUUGGUCCUGGUGGCUCUGUGCUGACGGUCGUCAACGCGAGACCUGGAAACCAGGGCCAGUACCGCUGCACGGCAGGCAACUCAGCAGGCCGCAGCUCUGCCACAGCUGUGCUCAACGUCAAGUUUGCGCCCAAAGUGCGGCUGACACCAACAGGGCCCCUGCGGGUCAGGAUGGGGGACCCCGUGUCAGUGGAGUGUCGUGCCACGGGUAGGCCCCGCCCCGUGCUGACCUGGAAACGCCAAGGCUCCACCCUGCAGCUGGUUACCAAGGAGACAAAUGAUGCCAACACCAUAGAGUGGCCCACAGUGCAUCCAGAGGACUCAGGAGUUUAUAUUUGCCAGGCUGAAAACAAUGAGGGGGUGACAGAGGUCAAAGUUGAGGUCGUUGUGGAGGGGGGGCUCGGAGCACCAGUGGCUUCAGUGAGCGCCACAGAAAUGACAGUGGUGGAGGGACAAACGGUCACAUUUGAGUGUCAGGCCAGUGGCUCCCCUCUUCCUAUCGUCACCUGGUCCAAGCUCCGGGCACCAUUGCCGUGGAAACACACAAUGGUUGGUGGAGUUUUGACACUGACCAGCGUGGGGCGCCAAGACUCAGGACAAUACAUCUGUAAUGCAACCAACAUCCACGGCUACAGUGAGGCGUACACGCAGAUGGAGGUGGAGAGUCCUCCGUACGCCACCUGCCUGCCUGACCAGGUGAGGCUCCAGCCCGGAGAUGCCCUGCAGGUGCAGUGCCUCGCCCACGGCUCUCAUCCCAUUCAGUUUGAGUGGAGCAGGGUGGGCAGGGUGGGCCUGCCGGCCGGAGCAGAGGCCACCAGGGACGGGAGGCUGUUCAUAGCCCACGUUAAACUGAGCGACAGCGGGACAUACAAAUGCGUGGCCACCAACCACAUCGGCUCCAGUGAGUCACUGGCCAAAGUAAUCAUAAAAGCCUAAUCCACUGUGUCCACACUGUUUCUGAUUGACAAACCACUACAACUACUGC